CAAUUCACUGAAUUCCUUUCUUACACAAGAACUAGAGAGAGAGAGAAUGCGGCCGACUCCUUUAGACGCCGACGACACCGUCAGCUACCGGCCACCAUCACCACCGCCACCGUGCCACGAUCUACGCGCUUGUACAUGGCGGCCGUACUCCAAUUCCAGAGACUUCGAAGCCAACGCUGCUGUCGUAGUCAUCAUCCUUCUCUGCGGCCUCAUCUGCUCUCUAGCUCUCAACACCGCCAUUCGCUGCUUUCUCCGCCGCCGCGGAGACGCCGAUGAAAACCCAAGUGAUACCCGGCAGGAGGAGCUUCGUGAUGAGACGAAGCCGACGUUAGUGGACAAAUUGAAGAUGGCUCCGGCGUUGGUGUUCUCGGAGGAAAUGAAGCCGAAACUCGCCGGUGCGGAGGCGGAGUGUACGAUUUGUUUGACGGAAUUCUCGGAAGGGGAAGAGAUUCGUGUAUUGGCGAUUUGUAAGCACGGAUUUCAUGUUCAGUGUAUUCAAACGUGGCUGAUUUUGCAUUCUUCUUGUCCGACUUGCCGCUGUAGCUACCUCCCUCCGUCACCGUCGUCCGCCGCGCACGGCGGCGACCCCUGAGUUUAUAUUAUAAAUACCGGAAUUUCUCCCGGUUUCUGUAAUUUUAUAAUUACAAUUACUUCCCUCUGGAAUUUUUCAAACA